AUGAAUAUAGAUAUUGACUAUCAAACUUUUAAGAAAAAUUUGAAGAAAGAAUUCAAAAAAGCUACAGAGACUAUACUAAAACUACAAGAAUACGAUGGAAAUUUAUUAAGAGAUUUUCUGGCUCUGUAUAUUCCAUAUCAUGCUAUAUUCUAUAAUCUUGUGAUUAUGCGAAAGGGGUCGUCAUUGAGAAUUCAAACUAAUCGCCUGCUGAAGGAAGAGCUAAGCAAAAUUUUAAAUUUUAAUCUUGCAAUGGGCCCAAAACACAUCAUGAAAAUACUGAAGAAAGACAAGCUUAACCCAGAGACAGUAAACAAGCUGAAACUAGUGUUAUAUAUAAAAUUAUUUCAGGGAGUAUUUGGCCAUAUAGAUAAAAACUACAAUCUAGCAUUUCAAUCCUUUCGGUGGUGUUUACAAUUCAUUGCGUAUUCAAAAAGGACAAGAUUAUUUGGUAUUGCAAACGACCAAAUCGGGAAACUUUAUGAAAUUUGUGAGAUAUUCGUAUCUUUGCUGUGCUGCCGCUGUUUCCUGGUUGAUUUGAAAGAGAAUGAAUCACUAGUAGGCGAUAAUUUGAGAAUUUUCAUAAAAAGACAAAAUUCUGCUUGUACUCACGACUUCGAUUCGAACGAGGAGAAGAAGUCACUUCAGUGGCAUUGGGCAUUAGACGAGAUAGACGUUAUUGACGCAUUAUACUGCGCUAGUUUCGAUGCAAUGGAUAAGUGUACGCUUGAAUUCUCAAAGGUUAAUGAGAACUUUGUUUUAAGUCAAUUUUUUCAAUAUUGCGCAGAAAUUGAGGAAAUGUUAGCCAUUCUAAGAAGCAAAAUUUGGGAGUGUGAAUGUGAUGAAUCUGGUCUCAAAAUUGGUCUAUUGAUGAACCACGACCAUAUGAAUGAAAUGAUUCAAAAAAAUAUUCUGUCAAUGACUUUCAAGCUUGAUAAUGAUCCUCAAAUUAUAUGCUGUUUAAGUAAAAUUCUACAAGGUCUGUUACUUUCAUCAGGUGUUCAAUUCAAAGUCAUCCAAUUUUUUUAUGUAUUAAAACUAUACUAUAUGCAAGUCGAUGAAUCUCCAGCAUCAUCCGACAUGGAUAAAUUAACCAUGGAAUGCUUGUCUACUGUUGAAAAUUUUAUUGAUGCUUGUGAUAAUCCAGAUGAAGUGACUGACUUUCAGUUACCCAAAGUGCUUUUAACCUCUAUGCAGGGGCAAUUACUUGUCGCUGAAAGAGCAGUUGAAGAUAAUGAUGCUCCUGUGCCGUUUGACGAUUGUCAUCCUCACAUUUAUCAAUUUAAACAUCCAAAAAUAGUGAUAGAUAAAAUGAAAACAAAAUUUAGGGAAAAGCUGCACCUUGACUCUUCUAAAGCUCUAGAAGCGGAUGACUACUGGAUUGAGUAUUGGAAAUAUUGCUACCAGGAUAACAUAGGAAAUCUACCAGAUACGUUGUCAUAUGUUUAUGAGGCCUUUGUUGAUGACCCAGUUUAA